UCGGGUUCGAAAUACAUGUAUACAGAAGACGAAAAAUUUUGAUAAUAAUUUAGGGGGUUGUAUUUCACUUUAUUUUGAUACGAUGUCUGGAGAUAUUCAGCAGAAGAGAAUGACAGAGGGCAAAGCACAUGUACAAGCUGCUGAGAAGUACAUGAAGAUUUCUUUCUUUAAAUGGAAGCCAGAUUUAGAUAGUGCUGCUUCAGAGUAUACAAAAGCAGCUACGUGUUUUAGAAAUGCAAAGGCAUUUCCAGAGGCCAAGGAUGCUUUCCUUAAGGCUGCAGAUGUACACAAACAGCAGAAUUCUAUAUUCCAUGCAGCAAAGAUGAUGGAGCAGGCUGGCCUGUUGUGUAAGGAAUUCAGUGAUGUAGAGGGCUGUGUUAAUUUGUUAGAGCGAGCAGCUGACCUGUUUCAUCAGAACGGUACUGCCGAUACAGCAGCCCUGACACUGGACCGUGCUGCCAAGUCCAUUGAGAUGAAUUAUCCUAAUAAAGCAGCAGAACUAUAUGACAAAGCUUGUAGCAUAUCAGAGUUGGAGGAUAAGUCUAGACAAUGUGCAGAGUUUGCUGGGAAAGCAGGACGGUUGUUUGUCAAAGCUGGAAAAUAUGAUUUGGCAGCUGAAGCCCUUAAAAGAGAAAUAGAAUUUCACCACCAAACAGAAAACUUCCCUAUGAUAAACCGAGUCAUACUUGGAAUUGUUCUGGUGUACCUAGACAAUGGAGACCCAGUGGCUGCCGAAAACUUUUUCACAUCAGCAUCAAACCGAGGAACAGGAGAGGAUGAGUUUAUUCAGGGGGCAGAUGAAUUAAUCCAGGCUUUUAAUGAUGGAGAUGAGGAUGCUGCUAGAGAAGUUCUGUCCAGACCCUUUGUCAAAUUUAUGGACAAUUGUUUUGCAAAGAUAGCCAGAAGUCUGGUCAUUCCUGCUGGAGGGGGUGGUAAAGUGGGUGUGGUUAGCAGUUCCUCAACCAAUGAAAAUCAGGAUCAAUGUGCACAGCUAACAGAUGAUGACCUUGAGGAAGGAGGGUUGUGCUGAUGACAUACCAAUAUAUUUUACUCUGCAAACUAUCAAUUCUCUUUAUGUUAUUUAUGUUACAGUUGUAAGGUGAUAGAUGGAUCAUGUUGAUACUCAUGUGCACUGCAUAAAUUAUUUAUACAUUUUCUGAUCUUGCACAUGUGUGUUUUGGGACUCAUUUUGUUAAAUCAAAUUUUUAAUGUUUUUGUAACAUGUAUGUUUUAUAGCAUACUGAAUGAACUCCUAGGAAAUAUAUAUUCUCUGUUGUAAAUUUGAGCUCUUUAACAAUGAUUUACCCUGUAAAUAGAAUUCUAAUUGUGAUUUCAUGUAUUUUUAAUAACCAAUCCUUCUACAAAAGUAUGUAGAUUCAUUAAACUAUGUGUAUUUAUUUUCAAAAACUGUAUUCCUAAUGAUGUGAUUGCAUGCAUAAUUUAUUUAUUAAUUUAAAAGCAUAUAAAAGAACAAACCUGUGAACUUGUAUUAUAUAUGAAGGUUAUUUAACAUCCAAGUUCAAGUCAUUCGAAAUAUUCUUCAACGGAUACAUUGCAUAUGUAAGUUCCGUUUUUUUAAACUUCUAUUAAAUGUGAACACAGACCAGAUGUAAAAUGCAUCAUUUGAAAUUAUCAUUACACUUAUGUAUUGAACAUAAUCAUGGUCACCAGCUACGCUAUCAUUUACAGUCUGAUAUUAAUAAUUUUUGAAUGAUCAAAGUAAACGGCUUAAUAGUCAGACUACACAAGGGUCAUGAAAUCAUGAUUUUGUCUUUGAUGAAUUCUUAUCUAUAGAUUGGUUUUUGGGAGAGAUGUCUGUCCAAUUCAGUGUAGAAGUAGAGUAUGAAGUCAUGAUUUAUUUGCAGAGUUAAUUAAAAGUGCAAUAAAUAAAGUUUUGUUAUGCCUGUCAA